CUGCAGAACUUAGAACAGUAAAACUGAUCACGCCUGUCCCCAAAAUGGGUCAAGGUUCGAGCAGUGGAGGAGUUCAAGUGAUAUCAACAUCGGGAAAGGACACGGGUCUGAGCUCAGCAAUCACCGAGCUCCUGACAAGCUGGAAUGAUUCCCAGCUGCUGCAGUUGACGGACUUCUACCGGGACAGGCUGGAGCAGGCGAUGGAAGGAGGGGUGCACGGAGUGAGCCUGGCAUUAACGGCCGAGAAUCAGUUCAGUGGAGAGGAACAUCGGAAAAUCUCUGAUCUCGCUGAUAAGGGAGAGCGGGCGGACAGUUCUAAACUCCUCCUGAGCCUGGUGAUGGAGAAAGUCUCCCGUGCCCGGAGGAUGAUGUGGGAAACCUUUGUGAAAAUGCGGAUUGGUGUCCCAAAGCUGGACAAAAUACUGAAGGAAAUACAGAUAUAUGGUUGUGAUCCUUCCCAUCAAACAAUUCCCAGUCAAAUUUUACUAAAGGUUCCUAGUGCACAGAAAUAUGUUCAACAGAAACACAAGGAGACUCUGCGGGCACAAACUGAAACACUGAGAGUGAGCACGAUCCUGAUGAGGGAGAAGGUGAAGGUUUUCCAGCUGGUUGACCGAUACGCUGAGCUCACGGUCAUUUCUACUGUUCGAGAUCGGACACUGGUGGAACAUGAGUUACUGGCAAGAGGCAGAGACCACGAGGAGUGGAGAGAGAAACAUCUCCGCAGAGAGCUGGAGAAAAUCCGAAUGGAUCAGCUGUUCCAGAGCAGCUUUUCGCGAAAAGCUGGGUCAGAGGUUCACACCCCCUUCCGGGUGAGGGACAAGAGACCGUCAGCAGACUGCCCCAGUGAGAAGUAA